AUGUCUUAUUGGCCAUCGACGCCACAGUUGGGAUCGCAAAGCCCAGCUUAUGACUCUACUGUGGCGUCCUAUUCUACUGUGGCGUCCUACUAUCUCCGCAAGCAAUGGUACCAAGAUACAGCAAUUGACCUUCCUCCUGAGUGUUGGAUGGUAUCAAACAUUACUGGAAGGACACAAGAUGAGGUUUUUCAUGAUUUUAACAUAUCAUGCGGUCUCCCCGCUCGUCGCAGGAUGCAAAUACCCCCUACACCUUCCCUAACAUUCGACGGCACACACACUCCUCCUUCUUCCGCUGGUGACAUGCUACCAAUUCACUUCCCCGGUGCCCCCCAGCUUCAUUCACCAGACUGGCCCCCCAACUCCAAACUUGACGGCCAGUGGGCGCUAAAUCAUAUGGACGCCACAGUAGAGAUCACGUGCUCAGAGACAGCUGAUCUGGUCCCCCGCAGGGAUGUCAAUCUUGGAGCGUACGCGAACUUCCACGAUCCACAAAUGGCGUCUCCGUCGGCUCAAGUGUCAAUGCGGUCACCUGGCGUCGGGGGGUGGUUGAUUUCGAGUCAUUUGCCUCAUGCAUGGACUCAAAGCACCCCAAGCGAGCUGGAAUUGGCCUUGACGCAAAGCAGUUCCACCAAGAGUUCGACGCCUAUAAUUGCCUCGGCGAAUAGGCAUACCCCUGCUAUACAGCCAUUUAGCUCGGAGGUUCCCUCUCUCCUCUUCGCAACCGAAAGUUCAUUUGGUCCAAUUCCUUCAUCCCCACUAGCGGACGCUGGGUCUUGCCAAUCGUCUGAAAUGUAUUUCCAGCCGACAAAGAAGAGCGCCGUGACUGGAAUGCAGAGCGAGCCGUCGAUCGAAGCUCCUUUGGAUAGCCUCCUCAACCCCCGAUCUAUCGAGUUCCAACUCGACUUUCCGCCCGCUGCCCCGAACUCCAAAGCCAGAGGCAGGAAGUCGAGCAAAAAAGACAGCAAGCCCGGCAAGCAUGUCUGCACCAUUUGCGAUACCUCCUACUCUCGCAACUUCGACCUACUCCGCCAUCAGAAAAGCAAGCACGCGGCGUUUACCCCGGAGCAGAAAGAGUUGCUUUCGUGCCCAAAUUGCGGUAUCUUCAGCACACGGCUCGACGCGAUGUGGACGCAUUGCCGGCGCAUUCCCUCGUCGUGCAACCUGGUGCGAAGGAAUAAUCGCCAACCUCUGCCCCCGAAACGGUCCAAAGAGGAGUACGAGGUACUCAUGCAAGCGGCACUAAACAGAACCCAGAAGGACAUCGAUAGUUACUUUCAGGGCGUACCACUUCCUGGCCAGUGA